UAUUUGGGUGGGGACGACUCAGAGCGGGAGAUGAUUAAGUGUCCAUAGGAAUGAACUGUUUCUGGAAGCAUUUGGGGCUGAGGAGGUGCGGGCUGUGUGCCAGAGACUGACUCCCUGAGCCUCCUACCCACAGGGACCUAAGGCACCAGGAGUGUCCUCAACCUUUCAUUCCCUGCACGCAUCUUAAGCAGACCUGCACUUCAGUCCGGAGCCUGCGGCGGAGAUACCAGCGCCCGCGGCCGUGGCCGUGGCCGUGGCCGACCACGGUGGCGAGGACAGCUCCGGGCUGCGGGUGCCGGUUGGUCGCGCGCGCGCGCGCGCGUGCAGGAGGCGCGCGCCGGGCGUGCGUGCGGCUGCGGGGAUCCUGUUGUCCACGCGCAGGAAGCGAGCGCGGCCAGCAUCGCAGCGGGUGCCAGCGGCUCGCCGAGGAGGAAAAAGGCCAAGGUCAGCAGAGCUCUGUGUUAGACAGUGUCGGCAGAGAGACUGUGCAGCACCUCCGACGGCUACCCAAGGACUGAUAACCACAGCCCAGAGGGAAGAGUCGGGUCUCCAGAAGCUGCAGCCUUGACUCCUUCGAGGCACUGGCUUGAGCCCAAGACCAGCUUUGACUACCCGGCUACUGGACAAGGACACAGAUCUAAGGUCACGUUUGUCCUUUCAUCGGGACCGCUGAGGAAGUCUUGGGUGUGAGCCUUUUACAUAGCAUGUGGCAGAAAUUUGGGCCAGGCCAUGAAAACCCCCAUGGUUCAGGCAUGCCAGAACUCUGGAGGUGAAGGCAGAGAUGAGGCAGAUGCAGGUGGAUCUCUGUGAAUCCUAGUCUUUUUGAGAAUAUUCUUUGUAUUUCAUAUGACAGCAACUGACGUGUGUUGAGGAGGUGGACACUUCACCGAGCCUUUGCUCCGUCUUGUAGAGCCCGUGCCUUCCAUACUUCUCCGCUGCUGUGAAUGGCCCCGGCUGUCUUGACCGCCCUUCUCAAUAGGAUGUCACUGAGAUCCCUCAAAUGGAGCCUCUUGCUGCUGUCCCUGCUGAGUUUCCUGGUGAUGUGGUACCUCAGCCUUCCCCACUACAAUGUCAUUGAGCGUGUGAACUGGAUGUACUUUUAUGAGUAUGAGCCAAUUUACAGACAAGACUUUCGCUUCACGCUCCGGGAACAUUCGAACUGCUCCCAACAGAACCCAUUCCUGGUCAUCCUGGUGACCUCACGCCCUUCGGACGUGAAAGCCAGACAAGCGAUUAGAGUCACUUGGGGUGAAAAGAAGUCCUGGUGGGGAUAUGAGGUUCUUACAUUUUUCUUAUUAGGCCAGCAGGCCGAAAAGGAAGACAAGGUGUUGGCGCUGUCCCUAGAAGACGAACACCUUCUCUAUGGCGAUAUUAUACGGCAAGAUUUUUUAGACACAUAUAAUAACUUGACCUUGAAAACCAUUAUGGCUUUCAGGUGGGUAAUUGAGUUUUGCCCCAAUGCCAAGUAUAUCAUGAAAACAGACACUGAUGUUUUCAUCAACACUGGCAAUUUAGUCAAGUAUCUUUUAAACGUAAACCACUCAGAGAGGUUUUUCACAGGCUACCCUCUAAUCGACAACUAUUCCUAUAGGGGAUUUUUCCAGAAAAACCAUAUUUCGUAUGAGGAGUACCCUUUCAAGGUGUUCCCUCCCUACUGUAGUGGGUUAGGCUACAUCCUGUCCAGGGACCUUGUGCCGAGGAUCUAUAAAAUGAUGAGUCACGUGAAGCCCAUCAAGUUUGAAGAUGUUUAUGUUGGGAUCUGCUUGAAUUUGUUAAAAGUGGACAUUCACAUCCCAGAAGACACAAAUCUCUUCUUUCUGUAUAGAAUCCACUUGGACGUCUGCCAGCUCAGACGCGUGAUUGCCGCCCAUGGCUUCUCUUCCAAGGAGAUCAUCACGUAUUGGCAGGUCAUGCUGAGGAACACCACCUGCCAUUAUUAAGGCCGUACUUUAGACGUCCAGGGCAGGGAGGGCUCAGAGUGCUGGCUUCCCAGACUGAGAUGCACGGAGCACGCCCAGACGGAAGCUCCGCGGCAUAAACUCCCUAGUGAUUUGACUUCACAGACUUUCACGUGGACCCCUUAAAGGCGAUGGAGGAGUGGAACAAUGCAAACAAAGGGUUUUGCUAAUGCAGUCAGAGGAACAAACAUCGCCUGGAUGACUAGUCUAUAGAUUAUUAUUCCUUAAGAUUUCUCUGAAAGAAGAGCUGACUCGUCCACAGCAACAAAACCGUGCAGAGUUGUAUUUAUUAGAUAGUCUAGUUUCAUGAAGCUCAGCGUGGAGCUUCGGUGGUAUUAUUUAUAUAUAUGGGCGUGUGUGUGUGUAUACAUAUAUACACAUAUAUUUCUCGUAAAAGCUUUACUGAAGUUAUAUUGAAGAAAAUUUCAUUUGUAUUGUUUCCAUCCACAGGAUACUUGACAAUGUGGUAUUUCCGAGUUAUAAGAUAGUAUUUAAUGUUAUUUCAGGUUCCUAAGUGUUUAAAGGUUACGGAGGCUUCAGUAUUAUUAUAUAAUGAAUCCCCUUUCACAUUUGAGUUUUGUUUUACUUCCUCUACUCAGCAGUUCACCUUUGAAAGCCCCACUCAUGUGACAUCAUAGCUUGUUACUGACUGACAGCAAUCUCCUGAGCUUUGUUGGAUAUUUUAUUGUAGAAAUACAGAUAAUCAAAGCAAGAAAAUUCAAUAUUUCUUGCUUUUUUUUUAAUGUAGUACAAAUAUGUAGUCAGUGUUUCUAGAUGUCACUGCAUUUGUGCUUUUUUUUCCUCCACAGACCUUGGGAGUGAUGGAGAAUAUUUCCUAAAAGCAAAGAGGCUAGGGUAUUAGAGUAUGAUACAGCAGUGUCUGAGUUGGAAAGGGAAGGCAGAGGAUCCACGCUGCAUUGUUAACCCACCCAGUGUUUUCUGCUUAGUGAUCAACUUGUGAAUAAAGAGUUUCCAAAACCAAGAAAA